UUUGUAAACAAAGAUUUUGGAUUUCGUGUUCGGUCAUUUUCUUUAAUUCAAUUUCGAAUAACUAAAAAUAUUUUUUAAAAAUUACGUCUGUGCUUAAGAUUGAUUGUAUUGAUUUAUUGUUAUGUUAUAUUAUGGGACUAUUGGUACAACUGCAUGGGUGAUUUUUAUUGAAUUUUGGGUGAAAAUAACAUUGGCCUCACCUAGUGAACUACUGCCGGUUUUUUAACACCCCCUCCUCCCAUCGUCGUCACAAAAAGUUAGACCCGGGCCCCACUCAAAUAAAACAUCAUAAGCUUUAGCACCACCAAUGAAAAUCCCACUGUCCUUAACAAACCUUUACAUUCACCUCCCAUGGAUAUCGAAUGACUGCGCCGUGUCAGAAACAUUUCCCUAGAACAGUGGUUCUUAAUCAGUAGGCCCUAUAUGAAAGCACCCCUGGACAAUGUAUGGAACGGAAGACCCAUAAAAUUGUAUCUGCUGCCAUUGCCAGAUGUUGCUGCCUUAAAAAAAAAAAGUUUUUAUGCAUGUUGAUUAGAUGCAGUAGUAAUGUUUUUCUGGUGAAUUUUGUUUGCCCACUACUUGUAUUGGUAAUUUUUUUUUCUAGUAGAAAUUCUAGGGAAUUAAUAGAGAAAAAAAACUCUAACUAAAUUAUUAAUUAUUUUAAUUUUAAAACAGUUAUUAUAAAAUAAUCUAUCCAGGGGGGAGAAAGUGCGUGGGGUGGGGGGGGGGUCAGGAAAUGUUUUGAAAUUGAGAGAGGAUGCAGAUCUGCAAAAAAUUUUAAAAUCCCUGCUCUUGGACCCCCCUAUCCAAAUCACCAACCAUUUUUCGUUUCAUCUCAAGGCACAUAGCAAUUCUAUUAGUCCGGUCUCCACAUUUCAACAUAAAUUCUCCCGACUGUCAAUGUCACCAAACCUGAUUCUCCACUUUGUGCAACCUGUAAUUUGAUCAGAGGUCUCGCAUACCUGUACUAAUUCUCUCAGGGAUUGUCGUUUUAAAAUAUAAGAAGCAUAAUUGUAGUAUUAGUAUAAUUAUAAUAGAAUAAUAUUAAAAAUGUCUAUAAUUUAAUGUGACAUCACAUCGCUUAAACCUCCUUCCCCCUAAUCACACAUGGUCACCCUGGGAAUUACAUUUCCUAAAAUCAAAGUGCACACCCUUCAACCUGUCAUUGUGCUGUGUGUGGUGGUGCAAAUAUCUAGAAAAAGGUGGUGUUAGGGGCAAUUGCAGUAAUGUUACUGGGUUUUACAAUUUUCAAGAUGCUUUGUCUUGUAGUAUAAUAAAAAAAUAUAUAUAUAAAAAUGAGGCAUUUAAAUGUAUCCUGUAUGUGGAAAGAAAAAGCAUUAUGAGGCAAAAGUUGGAUUGGAGUGGUAAAAUUUUCAUCUAAAAUAACAAACUACUCUCUGCAAAGAGCAUUUUGGCAAUUUGAUAAUUGCCUUGGGUUAGAUAAUGCAAGUUAGGAAAAGAGGAACAGAUUUUAGAAGUGGUGAAUGUCCAAAUGUCAUAUACCCAGAAGUGUCUUUUGUUGGUCGUAAAAGGUGACUAUGUAAAAUUUGGUUGAUAUUCCUGGGAUGGUUUAGAAAUUUAAAUAAACUUUAAAUAUAUGUACCUGUUUUAGAUUGCAUGGUUACCUUCAAAUUAAUGCAAAACUUUUUUUAAUUGACUUUUUACUCAGAAGUUAAGAGAAAUGAAUGAAAUAUUUGAAUUAAAAUCCAGACGAUCAGUUAUAGUGUGCAAAAAUGGAUGUGUAGCGAGCAGCAAUCCAUUAGCCUCUCAAGCAGGACUAUGUAAGUUUCUUAAUAUAAUUAUUAAUAUAUUAAAUAUAUCUUACACCGUCACAAUCUUCAAAUCUAUAUCCUUUCCGUGUCCUUAGUGAUAGCUUAAUUUUUAAUUGUUUGAAAAUUUCUAUUUUAUUUAAGCAUAAUCUUCGAUUUUAAAAGUAUUCAUUAAUUUUAAGAAUUUAUUCGUAUUCAGCAAAAAAUUUAUAAUCAUAACAUUAAAAAUGUGCCUAAGUGCCCAUCCAUAAAUGAUGUCACACUAUUUUUUGCUCAUUUUUAAACCCCCACCUCAAAUUAUCACAAAUUAGAAACACAAAUUAGACACUUUUAUCGCACAUUGUCACAGAUUUGUUCCCCCCCCCCCUCCCCCUUUUUUUCUCCCUUAGAUGUGUGGCAUGUUUAUGGAUAACAGAUUUGUUCAAAAUAAAAAAAUAGUUUACUUAUCUUCAGCCCUAAAAAUGAACUUUUUGAUAAAUAUAUAUUAAAGAAAUAGUUUAGCCGUCAGUUAUUUUACAAGAACACAAAUAUCCUUGACAGCUAUACUGAAAGAUGGUGGUAAUGCUGCAGAUGCUGCAGUUGCUGUUGCAGCUGCUUUGAAUGUAACUGAACCCAUGUCAACAGGAAUUGGUGGUGAUGCAUUUUGUCUUUUUUAUGAUAAUUCCAAAAAGAAAGUGAAAGGACUUAAUGGCAGGUAAUCCCUUUUUGUAACUAUGAUACAUAGUGAAUUAAUAUAAAUAACACACACACCUACAAUUAUUUCCUAAAUUUGAUCAACAUAGUGUUAUGUAAGCUUAUUUCUUUCUCUCAUUAAAUUGAGUCGAUGAAAGACUGCUCUACUUGAGGGAGGCUGAUACUUUUUAAAAACUAUUUUUCAUAGCGGUCGAGCAUCUCAUUUAGCUACUCUGGAAAAAUUAAAAGCUGAUGGAUAUGAUAAAGACAAACAUUUCCCAAGCUUGCAUGGUCAUUCAGUAACUGUUCCUGGGGCUGCCAGUGCAUGGGUCGAUGCAGUGUCUGAAUUUGGUAGUCAGAAGGUAAUGGUCAUUACAACUUUAUUGUUGAUAGAGUGAAAGAAAAUUUAUAUAUAUUUUAUUGGACAAUAUACAUUUAAAUGUGCACUUUGAAAUAGUUUCUCUUUUAUAAUCCAUAAAAUCAUUUGAAGGGGAUGUAGAUCAACAUUUUUUAAUAUUGUAUAUAAAUUUACACUAAAACUCCAUAAUCCUGACUCUUUAGCUAGAUGUUGUCAGUAAAAUUUGAAAUCAAGAAAAUUAAUCAAAAACCUUAUGUUCUAAAAUAAAAGCUAAUUAAAUUUAAAUAGCAAUCAUAGUUUUGCUAAACAGCUUAAAUCCUGAAAAUUUAAGUUUUGUAUUGUUUGUGCUGUGCUUGUUUUGUUAAAAUCUGACUGAAAUGGCCUCGGUGAUGAGUCCAUCUCAACAGGGAUUACAUUUGUACAUUGCCAGAUCACAAAAUUUAACAUGUUCAGAUAUUUGGGUGUCUAUUACAUGUCAACACAUUUGUUUCUAUGUUUUUAGUACACCUACAAUAAAAUAGCAAUCAUUACUAAGCUAACAGGUCUUGUUUUUUUGUAAAAUUAUUUGUUUUCUUUCUUUUAAUCAGCUUUCACUUAUUGACAUUCUCAUGCCAGCUAUUGAAAUGGCUGAAUCUGGAUUUCCUGUACAAGAUAUUGCUUCAAGGUUUUGGGCAUCUGGUAUGAUGUAGUUAAAUUUAGGCUAACCAUUUGCUGGUACAUGACUACACAAAUUCUCAUUAUCACUCAUAGGCCAUCAAGAAUCUCUUUCUACUUUACUAUGUGUGUAACAGCCGUAGUAUCUCAGUUUCUCUGUAUCUCUGUGUCUCAGUAUCUUAGUAUCUCAGUGUCUCAUUGUCAUUGCAUCAGGCUCUCUUUUAGUCUUUUCUACAUGUUUUUUGGCUCCCUAUGCUCUCUUGACAUGCGCAGGUUGCUGAUAAGCACCUAACUUAUAUUUCAUAGAUAUUUUUUUUCUGAGUUUGUCCUCAAUCCUAUUCCACAACAUUUUCUUGAUGCCAUAAUUAGGGCUGAGUUGGGUUGCUGACUCAUAUACCUGGAGAUGCCAAGUACUUCACACAUGGAAUAUAUCAAGACCAUGCAAAAAAAAACACCAAAAAACCAAACAUAUUUGUUAAAAUAAUGAAAUAAUUUUUUUACAUUUUUACCUGGAUAAAUAAGUAAUAAUAGUAAACUGACUAGCCGUUGAUGCAAAAUUACAUGUAUGCUAAAUGAAAUUGCAAAGCUCUAUAAACAAUAAUGUACUUGAUGCGAAUUUUGAGUGGAUUUAUCAUUGCAAGAUGCAUAUCUUUAGUCAUGAUCAUGCCCCUUCCUAUUCACAUUUAAUAGUAGGGGGCUAGGUGGCCAAGUGCUAUAAACUGAGUCGAUUCCCAUGAAAAGCAAAAACUUCACCAGCACCCUGGGUGGUUUGGACUUAUUAAUCUUGUAUGGCGGCUCAUCUAAGAGUAGAAAAACUUAAAGAUCAAACCCGGAGAUGGAGUCCCGUAGGUGUUAUGACAUUGACACAAUAAAAAUUCUGACAUCAUCCUGUGACGUAGAACGCAUAAAGAGCACAGUGAAACACACUGCUUGUCAUCUAAUGCAUCCUGAUCUAUUUCCAGUAAUUGGAUCAAUUAUGCAAGGACUGAGUGAGGCUGAUGAAUUGAGCUACUCUCCCUCACUUUAAACAAAAUACAGCUCAAGUAAAAAAUUGCCUCUGUCGUCUUCGCAUGCACAGGACAAACAGGACAAUUAUAAAGCAGUUAAUAUUUCUUUUCCCCUAGUAAUAAUAAUAGUUAGUCUUUGUAUGUUUCUGUCUGCGUGACAUAUUAUUUUGUUUUGUCACUCCAGUGGUUCCUAAAUUUAAAAUUUUUGUGAAUUUAGGUUUUCCGCGGCGGCUUAUGACAAAUUCUAACAUCUACAAGAUGUAUGGGUAGGGUAAAGAUAAAUAAAUUUUGAAUGUAGGUAACUAAACGCCAUCUAGGAAGCAUUUGUAGGAGCUUCUGCAAACAUUAAUUAUUCAAGGCAGUUACUGGUUUGCACCAGCCCCACUAGAUGUCCAAUGUCACAUUGGAUUGAAAGUGGAAAUAAAUUUAUAGAAAUCAUGUAAUAUGCCAAGGAUGAUGCAACACAUUUUGUGAACCACUGGGCUUUGCCAGAUUGUGGAGAAACCCAUGAGACUGCUUACUUUGAUAUCACAAUUGUCUAAAAAUAAAUUGAUUUUUUGGGGGUGGGGGUAAUUAAAUGGAUGACUACUCACUUUAUACAUACAUUCAGUUUUCACUUGUGUGUAUCUAAUAUAUGGAUGGCUACUUACUUUAUACAUACAUGCAGUUUUCACUUUUUGCUAUUUGUUGGAACACAUUUCUCAGUUCCUAUAGAUAUUUCCUGAAUUGUAAUAUCUGAACCUGAACAAAACACUGCGCCAGGCUAAGCCCUAGUCAUAUCCAUUUGAGAUAUUGCUGAUAUUACAACCUGUAAUGCACAUUUUAACUUAUUUUCUGGCCUAUUUUUUUGCCUCAUCUUUGAAAGAUAUGUUAAGAUGUCAUUUGUAAGUAUUCCAAUUUUUAGAUUUCUCAAGACAUUAUUCAGUCAUUUUACUCUUAUUAUUUGUAUAUUGUUUUCUCCAUCUUUCUCCUUUUUUUGAGCAAACAUGCAACCACAAAUUAUUUAAAACUGUAGGCAAUCCUCUGUUUGAGAUUCUCAUUUCUUGCUCAAACAGGCCAUUUACAAAAUGCUUUGUGCAGUAAAUAGAUAGCAUAAAAAUGUGUCUUACAUUUUCAUUUUCCUAUUUGUUAAUAUUAUAUUUACAUUGAGAUCUACCCAGCAAUUACAAUAAGGUGUGUGAAGGGCUACCCUAUUGACAGCAAGCAUUUAAGGAAUGCCAGCAUGAUGCUCAAAAACCUGUAUUGCAAUUUCUGACCAUGACAUUUAUUUAAUUUUUAGAUGAUAGCUAAAUAAAAUUAAUUUAUUAGAACCAAUUUUUAAAAUAUUCAUUACUAAAAUAUAUUUGUCUCAUAAUUAAAAAAUUAAUUUUGUUUCUUUUAGAACUAUAAAUUUAUGUACGUCACCAAUUUUUAGAAAGUAAUUUUAUGUUUUUAAGGAUCGCAGUGUCUAAAAAGAAAAGAAAAUAUUCAUGGGAAGGAUUUGCUUUUAAAUGGUGAAGCACCAAGGCAUGGAGAAUUAAUGAAAAACCCGCAUUUAGCAAACGUAUUUAAAGUGAGUUGCAGAAAAAUAUGUCUUUUAAUUUGUUUACAGCGGCAACAUAUGUAAUAUAUAAUAUCAAUGUUUUUUUUUCCUACAAAUUAACAUGAUUUAAUCUUGAAAAUUAUAAAAUUUCAUUAUAAAUGUAUAUUCAAAUAUAUAACAUAAUUGUAUCAUGUGGAAUUUCUGUAAGAAAUUGAAUGAAAUUUGUAUUUUUAUAUAUAAUUAUAUGUUUGGCUUAAUUUAUAAAAUUUAAAGUAUUAAAGGCUUAAAUUUAUGAUUAAUAACAGAAUAUGGAAACUUCAAGUUAAUUAUAAAAAUAAUGAAUUGAGUAGUUAUUUGCAUCUUUACUGUUCCAUGCCUUUUGUCUUAGUCUUGGGCAAAGCAAGAUAGGACUUAGGCAUGGGCUUGAUUUGUUAUUGGAUAAAAACAUAUUUUCAUAAAUUGAUAUUGAAUUGGCUUUAAAAUAUUCUCUCAUCAGGAGCUAGGUUUGCAUGGUAAAAAAGGGUUUUAUGAAGGAAGAAUUGCCAAAGCUAUUUCAAAUGCUGUUCAACAACAUGGAGGCUUGAUCACACCAGAAGACAUGGCAGCCCAUGAUGCAACUAGAGAUGAUCCCAUCAGCAUAGUGUACAAGGGUUGUCGGGUGUGGGAGUUACCUCCUAAUGGACAAGGAAUAACUGCGCUUAUUGCUCUCAAUAUUUUAGAAGAGUUUGAUUUAAAAUGUGAGUUUUGUUUUAAAAGUUUUCUUACUUUUUUUUCACUUUUUAUAACCUUUGUACGUUCUCCAUAUAUUUUUAGUUAACGUCUUGAGAAAUUCAUUAAGUUUAAAUAAGUGAAUUUUUAAAAAAAGAAACAUUAAAAAAAUUACAUUUGUUAUUUAAGCAUAAUUUUUCUGAAAAAAAUUCUCCCAUUUGUAUAAUGUCUUUCCAUUUAUAAUAUUCUCGCAAGGUGAUUUGAUCAAUUAACAUUUAAGUUAUGUAAAACAACAGCCAUGGGACAUAACUCUGCAGCUUAUCUUCAUCAUUUAAUUGAGAGCUUGAGGCUGGCCUUUGCUGAUGCACUACAGUAUUGUGCAGAUCCAAGCCAUGUGCAUAUUCCUGUUGAUAAGCUGCUUUCUAAAGACUAUGCAGCUAAGCGUAGAAAGCUUAUACAGCCUGAUAUGUAAGUCGACCAACACACCUUUACAGGAAACUUAAAUUUAUAAAAAAGUAUUUAACCUAUUUUCAAUCAUUAUGAGUUGAAGGAAUGAUUAAAAUAUUUUUGUGUGAAUCCCGAAGGAGAAUACCUGAGUCCUUUCUUGAAACAAGUGGCCUUGACCUGCCACCCGGAAAUGACACUGUCUACUUUACUACUGCUGACAAGGAGGGAAAUGCUUGUUCUUUUAUCAAUAGCAAUUACAUGGGUUUUGGUACUGGAAUUGUUCCUGAAGGUUGUGGAUUUACAUUACAGGUAUAAAUAUAAUGAUAUGCAUAUGAUAAUCACCCUGAUUAACUUUUUUAAAAUAUACAAUAUAUGAAAGACUUAUUUUUUUGCAUAUUUUUUGUUUUAACUAGCUUGUCAAUAAUUCAUCAACAGCAAAAUGUUGCUUUGAUUUAUAUAUUGAAGUGUCCCUGUUAAGCUCAUUUCUUGGUGCUGUAAUUUUUUUGAUUUACAGAAUCGAGGUUAUGGAUUCUCACUGGAUCCAUCUCAUAGGAAUGCAUUGGCUCCAAGGAAGAGACCAUUCCACACCAUCAUUCCAUCGAUGGUGACCUCAGCUGAUACAAGUAAGAUUGAAUUUUGUCUGUUUAUGGGGUCUAACGCUAUAUCACAUAUGAUCUGGGUAUUGCAUUUUUUGUGUGCAAGUAUUGAUUUUCCUUCACAGCAGGCAGUUAAAUAGCAUUCUGAAGUAAAAAAGGUGGGUUUUUUUUUUUUUACAAUAUUUAACUUUCAUCAUUAAUGUAUUUGUGUUUGCCAAACCAAACCCCUGUUUAAAUCUAAAAACAGAUGAUCUGCUGAUGAGUUUUGGUGUGAUGGGAGGUUAUAUGCAGCCACAAGGUCAUGUGCAAGUUUUACUCAACAUGUUGGAGUUUGGCUGUAACCCUCAGACAGCUCUGGAUUUACCAAGAAUCAGUCUUGGCAGUGGAAUGAGGUACUUCGCUAGACCAGUGAAUUGCAUAAAUUUAUACUUGUAAUAAAAAUGGUGUAAUUUUUUAUAAAGUAAUUAAAGUGAUUUCUAUGCCUUUUUGUGUUUCUGUCUCAAGUGGUACUUGGUAAAAAAAAUAAAUAAAUCGUAAUUUAAAAUAUUUCUUUUCACAGUUCUGUAUAUACACACAGUGACCUCUUCAAAGCUGUGCAGGUAGAGGAAGGCAUUGCACAGGACACAGUAUCUCAGCUGACACUGCUGGGGCACAAGCCUCUGAUUGUAACUGGUCUACCCAGGGCUAACUUUGGUAGAGGUCAGGUCAUAAGCCAAGGUUCAUGGUGGAGGGAUGGAGUAAAUCACUUCAAUGUUGGAAACAUGUACUGGGCUGGCUCAGACCCAAGGGCUGAUGGACUUGUAGCGGCCUAUUGA